AUGCGGAUUUCCUCCUUAAUUGCUCCGCUGUUCUGCGGCCUUGCUUUGGCCGGGACAUGCCCGUACGCCGACAAGGCUGAAAAGGCUCGAUCUGCCUGUCCAUAUGCCUCGAAAGCACGCUCCGAUGCGUCGGGCUCAAGCUCGAGCUUCGUGCCCCGCGGUAUGCCUAUCGAGGGGAAGAAGGGUGUGAUGCUGAUGAAUCGCAUUGCGCCGGUUGUCUCAAAGCUCUACGUCUCCAAUCUAGAUGGCUCAGAUGCACGCCUGCUUCUCGGCAACGAGACUACAUUCGACUACCAUGCUCAGUGGUCGCCUGAUGGUGAGUGGAUUACAUUCACCAGUGAGCGUGCCGGUGACGGACAGUCGGAUCUAUAUCGCGUUCGACCCAAUGGCACCGACUUGCAGCCCAUCUCUACUACCCCCCAUGUUGAGGGCGCCGGUGUGAUCUCCCCCAAUGGCAGCCUUGUCGCCUUUGCAGGCACCCUGGAAAACCACAAGAGCAAUAUCUGGAUCAAAAAUCUGGAAACAGGUACUCAGUGGAAUGUGACCAACACCACUGAGGUUGCAGGCAACUGGACCUUGCCAGAUGGACAUUUCAGACCGGCCUGGUCACCAGAUGGCAAUUGGUUACUCUUCUCAUCGGAUCGCAACACACCGUGGCGUGGACACAACAAUGUGAGCGGCUGGGAACACACCCAGGAACUGUCCAUCUAUGCCAUUCGGCCGGAUGGUAGUGACUUCCGUCGUGUUGCGAACAAGACCGGUUACUGUCUAGGAUCUCCGAAGUUCUCUCCUGAUGGCAGCCGUGUGGUGUUCUACGAGGUCACUACUGAACUCACUUACUACGCGCGUGUAUCUGAGCCCGAUUUCUACGAUGUCAACACUGCAAUUGUCUCAGUUGACUUUGCGACAGGCAAAGAUCGCAUCGUGCACUCCUCGGCUGACUCUGGGGGUAUCAAGAUAUUCCCCCAGUACGUGGAUAAUUCCACCAUUGGCUAUCUUGUGAAGAGCAUUCUCACCAAUGAUACUUACCCCGGCUCCAUCAACUUCACCACUGUGAGCGGGAAGGGCUCCGUGAACUCCAAAUACAAUACACCGCUAGUAGGCCGCUACCGCUCUCCAUCCUGGUCUCCCGAUGGCACCAAGAUGGUCUAUGAGCACGUCGAGUGGGACCCCGUCCGCGCCAUCGACAAGAAAGUCUACAGCUGGAAUGAGGACUGGGAAUACCGCUUCACCGAUGUCUUCCCCGCCCUGUCCAAGGGCGGCCGAGUCGCAUACACAUCGCAGCAAACCGAGAACUCUUCCCUCGUUCUCAUGAACCCCGACGGCACCGGAAAGACCGAUAUCUUCGACGGCUCUCGCUUCCCAGCUCUUACCACCGCAACGAACACCAACGGCACAUUCCAAGCCUCAUGGCGCGGAGACGAUGAAGUCCUCGCUGUCGGACUCGGUGACUGGUUCGAAUACCGCUACUACAGCCCAGGCUGGGUGUAUCUCGUCUCCGCGAACGGAACCUGGACCCACAAGUUGACCAACGGCAGCACAAACGCUGGAUUCCCCACGAUCUCACCCGACGGACGCUGGGUUGUCUGGCGAGAAUUCGGCUACCAAAGUGAGCAAGUCGAGGCUCUGGGUCUGCGACGCAUGGACCUGAAGACCGGUGAGGUGAAGGCGUUAACCUGGGCAUGGGAUAACACUCCCAUGUUCGCGCCUGAUGGUUCGAACCGUCUUGUCUUCACACGCCGCACUAGCUGGCCGAUUGCCGGUCCCCUUGAUGAUAACUACGAUGUUAUGACUAUGGAUGUUGAUGGCAGCAAUCUGAAGAGAUUGACUACCUUGGGGUGUAAUGAUGCACAUGCUACUUGGACUCCUGGUGCAAAGAUCACAUGGGCUACUGGCAUGUAUGGUUUCCAGGAUGAGGCUAUGAUUUACGACAACAACCAGCAGCCUUACCCUUUCAUUAUGCAAAUGGAUGCUGAUGGGUCCAAUGUGGAGAUUUUGACUGAGAGUCGAUGGGAGGAUACUAUGCCGCUUUAUGUUUCGAAUGAUAUCUGGACAGCAUCCAACUAG